AUGUCUGGCUUUGGAGUCCUCUACCAAUGGCCCUUCAGCGCGUAUAGCUACAUGCAAUGCGACCCGGACACGCUCGACGCUAGCCUCACGGGUCUCACAGGAGACUCUAAUUGGAGAGCCAACCGAGCCGGUGGCAGCUUUGGAGUCUGGAGCCCUCUGACGGGCGCGCAGUUCCCCUGGGCAUAUUCGCAGGCAGUCUCCUAUCCGUCGCAGGCAGUUGCCCAGCCGCAGGCAGUUUCCUACUCCCCACGUGCGCUGUAUGGCAGCUAUGGUGUUCUGGAUGCCAGCACUGGACGGUAUCGGAAUGUGGGCUAG